AUGGAGCAUGAGGAUCAUCUCUUUUUGCUUUUCCCAACAACGAAGAGAGUGUGGUUUGCAUCUCAGAUUGGUGUGAGGGGGGACUCCUUUCCGCCGUUCCGAGAGUUUUGGAGGGCCGUGAUUCAGCUUGGUGACGACGAGGUUGUUGCCAUGGCACAGUCGAUUGUCUACGCUCUUUGGGAAGCACGGAAUCAGAAAUGCUUUCAGCAGCGAGAGGUGACUACGGAAGCUGUCCUUGGACGUGCGCGUGGUCUCAUGGAGGAGGUACAGGUCCGCGACCAAGCUAGUGCACCGGCGGUGGCUUUCCCUGCGCGUUGGAGGAGACCUGGUCCAGGUAUUAUAAAAUGCAAUUUUGAUGCAUAUUUCCUUGUUGAUGGUCCAGCUGUGAUGGGCAUGGUGGCGAGGAAUAGCGAGGGAGAAGUUAUGGCAGCAUCUUGCUCCUAUCCUCUCUCUAUUAUUUCUCCCUUGUUGGCGGAGGCCGUGAGCAUGAGGUGGACUAUGCAAUUGGCUAUUGAUUUAGGAUUUCGCAGGAUCUUACUGGAAACUGAUUGUCUACAACUCUUUAAGGCUUGGAAAGCGAAGGAGCCGGUAGAUCAUAUCUUAGUUCUAUUAUUUCAGAUUGUCGUUUAUUAG